AUGCGAAAGUUAUGUAAACUGAAUGGAACCAUGUUGGGCUAUGCCAGUAAAGAAUUGAAGAAGGAUAAGGAAUUGGUAUUGGAGGCAGUUCGUUCAACACCUGAAGCUUUCCAUUUUUGUGAUGAGUCGUUCAAUAAGGAUAAUACAGUUGUAUACGAAGCUGCCAAACAUGCAUCAUUUAAUAUAACCAAAAUUGAUGGAGAAAUGUUCAAUAGGAGGAAGUUUGUUUUGGCACUGAUGGAAUAUCGUCCUGAAAUAUUUAUUCACCUUCCAUAUGAACUCAAAACAGAUCCUAAAGUGUUAAAUUUGGCGCCUUGCAAGAAUUUGAAAGUUUUGAGCUUGGUGCCACCUUCCUAUCAGAAAGAUAGAGAUUUUGUGUUGAAAUGUGUGAGAAAUAAUGGUUUGGAUUUAGAGUUUGCCCAUCCAUCACUGAGAAAGGACAGGGAAGUUGUUAUGGAAGCUGUCAAACAAAAUGGACUGGCUCUAGAAUUUUCAUCUGAAAUGUUAAGAAAUCAAGAUAGAGAAAUAGUUUAUGAGGCUGUUAAAAGUAAUGGAAAUGCAAUAGAAUUCACUAGUGAUCAAUUCAAAAGGGAUUUAGAACUAGCUCGGAUGGCAGUUAUGAAAAACCAUGAAUCUUUUAUGCUUGUGGACAGUUCAAUCAAGCAAGAUAAGAAACUGAUUCAAAGCUUUUUGGAAGAAACUGGUUACUACUAUUAUAUUGCAUCAAAUGAAUUGAAAACUUCACUUCAUGAUACCAUUAGAGGGGAUAGAGAUUUACUGGGAUUGGCAAUUUUAAAAGACGAAACAUUACUUGAAGAGCCAUUGCCAGAUUUUGUGGACGAAGAAUUCAUGUUAAAUGCAGUGAGAAAUGGCUUUAGUUUGGACUGUGUUCCUCAGAAAUUCAAACAAAACGAAGAGAUUAUUCUCGAAUCGAUCAGACAUGCGAGCAUUAAUUUCAAAUAUGUCGAUUCUUCUCUAGCUUCCAAUAGAGAUUUUGUUCUAAAGUGUGUGAAAGCAAGUGGUUUUGUACUUUUUUACACUGAUGAAAAAUUCAGAAUGGAUAGGGAAAUAAUAUUGGAAACAUUGAAAGCAACAACUUCAGGAUCAAUUUCAUUGGACUGGAGUGAAUCUCAUCCUUUUAAUUCAGAUAGAGAAAUUUUAUUGGAAUGUGUGAGAGGAAGUGGUGAUCUUCCCUCUCAAGCAGAUUCGAAUAUUAUGAAUGACCCUGAAUUUAUUGUGGAAUGUGUAAAAAUUGGAAAGGAUAGAAACAAAGAUAUUACCGACUAUUUGGAGAAAGUAAGAAAUACCAUAUUGAGUAAUGAGAGUUUAUUCUUGAAACUGGUCAAAAUUAAUCCCAAAAUUGUCGAAUCCUUAAAUUUAGAUUUAGAUUUCCUCACCUUGGCUUUCAACUCUUUAACAUGA